CAGGUGGUGGUGCACAUUUGCUUUCGGCCAUCAACGCCUCGGCUCUCGCAGCUCUGAUUCCGCAGGAAUGGCCUUCUUACUAAACAAAGCCACCGCGUUUUCUCGCUCUCAGUCUCAUUCUCAGAAACCGGAAGAUCCUUUUGUUCUUUCACGCCGUCGACUCCACAUCAAACCAGGUGUUCGGGAGAAAGCUCUCUUAGAAGAAGAUCCUGCUUUGAAGCGGUUCAAGUCAUAUAAGAAGAGUGUGUGGCGAGUCAAAAGAAUGGGGGAUGUGCUCACAAUUGUUGUUGUUGCUGGCUGCUGCUAUGAGAUCUAUGUCAAAGCAGUCAUGCGGGAAGAAGCUCGGAAACAGGCACGGGCUACAAGUGAGGGAGCAUGAUGGACAUUGUAUAUCUGUGAACAUACAUUUUGUGUUCUGUUCAUCUACUUUAGAUCACUAGCUCCUAUGAGGUUACAUGUGUUUUUUUCGUUUCAUGUUGUCUGAAUAAGUAAUGAGCCUUGUGGAUCCAGUUGGUUGAAA